AUGAACGAACUAAAACGAAAAGAACCUUCCGCAUCAUCAUCAUCUUCGGGAUCUGGCACUCCGAACAAUUCGAAUGCCCCAACCUUCAAGAAAAGAAAACAAUACAUUCCGCUGGAGGGAACACUGAACGCUUCGGGUAUUGAUCAAAAAGUUUGGCUUGUCAAAAUACCAGAAUUUGUCGAUCUUGCAAAAUACAAAGAUGAAGAAACCAUCGGAACCGUUCUCAUUGAGGAAAACACUUUAACAAAACAAACAAAUUUAUCACUAAAUAUAAAUCCUCCAUCUUUGGACGCAGCUGGUUCAAAAGUCACAGAAUUUAAUUUAAUGUUAAAUCAAAAGAAAACUCCAAUGUAUGUGUUCAGCAUGGAGAAAUUAUCGGACGAGCAAAUACAAGAACGUGAAAAACUUCGAUAUCAAAAGAAAUCUCAACCCCUCAUUCAUUUAGAUUACAUUGAUACCACUGAAAUUAAUGUUAGCGGACAUAUUGAUAAAAGUUGCAAUGCCGUAGUUAAACUAGGAAAAGCUUAUGGUGAGCUUUCAAGACAGCGUCUUGCUUCUGCCUCACAACGAGACAGGAAGUCUAUCAAAGUAAGUGAAGAAGAGAGCACCACUAAAAAGCCAAGUGUGAUGGCAAAAUAUAGAGAUGGAAAACAAGAAGAAGGUCCAAGGGACGUUCGUGUCAGAGAAGACGAAAAGAAAAUUAAAGCCAAGAUCUUCUCUCUAUUCAAAGAAAGGCAGUAUUGGAAAUCAGAGGAAUUGGCCGAUACCACAGAUCAACCCAAAGAAUUUAUCAAGUCCAUUCUUUCAAAAAUUUGUAUUUAUAACAAAUCAGGAGAGUAUAAGGGAUACUAUCAAUUAAAGCCACACUAUGCAACGGAUGAAUCCAAGAAGAUUGGAACUACAGAUGUAGACAGUCAAGACGACGAAUGGCAAGCUUAA